UCCUACCAUAUAGAUAUAGGCAUCGCACUUUAAUCAUUAUGAGCUUUUAGUUUUACUGUAGUUGCAGUAUGUGUGUGUAUUGAAUUAUAUAGAUCUGGGUUCUGUCGAUUUGUAUUGCUUAUAGCGAUCUUAUAUAAGUGGGAAGAAGUUAUGUAUUUGCAGAGAGAAGAGGAGAAAGAUUUCGAUCUGGGAUCGGACGAGCCUGAGGCCCCGUUGCCCCUCACUGUCACUUCUCGGGUGCUGUAUAUGUUGGGGGAUAUCACGGCAGGGCCGGCGUAUCGGUUCGCCCAAUGGCUUGAGCUGGUCCGUAAACGUAGCAGCAAGUACCGCUCUUCUGGAUUCCCUAGACGAGCAGAUAGCAUGCCAUUAAGUGCAGAAGAGUUGAGUCUUGAUCAGGUUGAUCCUCUACCAUCUGAGCCAACAACAGAAGUAAGUUUAUGGGAGAGACUUGGAAAAGCUGCGGUUUCGGACAUUGAAUCAAGCACCUUUUCGUGGAACAUGCUGUCUUCUCUUCACCACACGGAGCACAAUAGUAGUACUGAACAGUCCGAGGAUGAAACUAAUAAAGCAUUAGAGGUGACUGUAAAUUCUGGAGGUGUUGUAUUUUUUGCGCUAUUUAACGAACUUGAAAAUGAUGAUGCUUCUCCAAAAGAAGCUGCAGCUGUUAUAAAGAUAUCCUCUUCAAGGAUGGCAACACAAUCAGAACGUCUUGGCUAUGAAUUUGCAAAGUGGCUAGGUGUCCAAACUCCACAAUCCAGGGUUAUUCAUAACUGUAGUCCAGAGUGGUUACAGAUCAAGGAAGCUGCAGAAAAAGCAAAAGAUGCAGCUAUUUCAGAAGGUGACGAGAUUGUGGAAAUGACGUGUUCAGAACUUCUGGAAGCUCUUGAGCUAAGCCGGUGCCUUUUGCUAAUGAAUUACAUCCAUGGGUCCCCUCUAUUGGAGAGCUCAAAUGCAUUUGAUUCACGAGAAGCAGGAGAAAGGACUGCAGCUGCCCUAGGUAGGGUUUUAAUGUUGGAUCUUGUCAUAAGAAAUGAAGAUCGACUUCCAUGUCGCCAUCUGAGAUGGCGCGGAAAUCCUGCAAACUUAUUAUUGGCUGAUAAAGUGAAUUCUGUGAACUUGGAUGCAUUAGCGGCAGCCUUUGAUUCUGCAAUUGAUAGAUAUAGGCCAAGAGUGAUUCGGGCACUUCAGAAAGAAAGAAGAGCUAAUUCUGUAGAUAGCAGAAUAAGCACUCCUAACCCAGGAUUAAUAUCACAGAGUUCUGACCUAUCUGACAUUACAGAAUCUCCAAAAUCCUGCAAUCUGAGUGUAAGUCAAACUUCAAAUGAGACAACAUGUCCGUAUUUUCAUGUUGUAGCAAUAGACUCUGGGGUUCCUCGAAGACCACCUGCAGGAAAGCGUGCAAGUGAUCAAGAAAAUUAUCCUAAGCUGGUUGAGCUCCUUAUUAACAGUCCUGAGUAUGCUUCAAAAUUAUUAUACGAGAUUACAGGAGGAAAAUUAGGAUCUUCUCUAGAGGCUUCUGAUGCAAUGAACAACAAUCAGGCAGCUGAUUUGGCUUCAAUAGGGCAUGAAUUUCGGAUUGGAUUUAGAGCAGCUCUGCGUGACUUGCAGGGAUUUCAUAUAUUCCUUCUCACCCUUCAUCAGAAACUAGAUAGCGUCUUUCGAGUAUUUCUUGGUGUUAUCAACAGAGCUUCUGCUGGCGAUCUUGAGAAAGAAGACAUGGUAAUUCCUGAGUCGCCAUCUCAAUCUGCUGGUUUUGUUGGACAUUGUCCUUCAACACCAAGCAAAGAACGGGUGCCAAGUGAGACCUAUUUGGAUUCGAACGAAUCUGAGUGUCAGAGAACAGCCCCUAGACCUUCAUCUUCUGGAUACAGAGAUAGUUUGGAUUCUAUGGUUUCUCCUAAUUCACGUGAUAGCCAAGGGAAGUGCCAUAAGAGCAGUGGUGAACCACUUCGUAGUCUCCGCUUGACAUCAAAACUCCGUGACUUUCACAAAUUUGCUAAGGUAGAUGCAGAAUUAAAUAAAGAAUUGGAGCAAUGGACUGAGAUGCUUAAAAGUGAUGCAAUUAAAAUGUGCCAGGAAAACAAUUUUAAUACAGGUUUCUUUGAAGGAAGUGAUAGUAAUUAUGUGGUCGAUGCUUAUGAGCUGAAGGUCAGGCUUGAGCACAUUCUGGAAAGGAUAUCAUUGAUUUUUGAUGCAGCAAGUACAGAAAAACCAUCUGCAAUCUCGAGCAGUCUGUUUAUCGGUGGGGCACUUGCUGCUAGAUCUGUAUACACACUGCAGCAUUUAGGAAUCACACAUAUCUUAUGUCUGUGUGCAAAUGAAACUGGGCAGUCAGAUUCCCAGUUUCCUGAUUUGUUUGAAUAUAAAAACUUUUCUAUAUGUGAUGAUGAAGAUUCUAAUAUCAGUGGUCUCUUUGAAGAAGCACAUAAUUUUAUCGACCAUGUUGAAGAGAAGGGUGGGAAGGUUCUGGUUCAUUGCUUUGAAGGGAGAAGCAGGAGUGCUACAGUAGUUCUCGCUUAUUUAAUGCUCAGGAAGAAGUUAACUUUGUUGAAGGCAUGGAAUACAUUGAGACGAGUUCAUCGCCGAGCCCAACCUAAUGAUGGCUUUGCAAAGAUUCUUUUGGACCUAGAUCGCAAGUUGCAUGGUAAGGUUUCUAUGGAAUGGCAACAACGGAAGCCAAUCAUGAAGGUUUGCCCCAUCUGUGGAAAGAACGCUGGCUUGAGCAGCAGUUCGCUUAAGCUUCAUUUACAGAAAGCACACAAGAAACUAUCAUCUGGAAGUGUUGACAGUGCUAUGAACAUGGAAAUACAGAAGGCAUUAGAUGCACUCAAAAUUAGUCGAGGUGGAAGUGUGAGCCCUACUCAGAGACAAUCUUCCAUGAUUGAAGAAUUCGAAUCCUGAGG